UGGGUGAACUCGGAGUCUCUUCGGUGUCUCAGCAUGGCAGCGCCGGCCCAUUUUUCACUCAGUCGACUCUCAGUCGUGUGUUUCCUGCACAGCCGUCAAACGCUCUGCACCGUCAACAACAUGUCCAUACGCAGAAAAGACAGCUUCCUCUGGGGCAAAGCUCCGGCGAGACUCCCCCCAGGAGUGAGCAGGCAGGGCGAAGCCAUGAGGACUCACAGGUUUGAGCCGCUGGAUGACACUCAGAGGCCGAGAUUGGAGAUCAGUGACGUCAGAGCAGAAAUCCACAGCGCUGAAAAGAAGGAGCAGAAUAAAAAUGUUGCGAGGAACAGGAGAUUCUUACGUGGGAAAAAGAAAUUCAACAUGGACCCCAAAAAGGGUGUCCAUUACCUGGUUGAAAACAACCUGCUGGAAUGGCGAGCAGACACAGUGGCGGAGUUUCUCUACAAAGAGGAGGGACUGAACAAAACUGCCAUCGGCAACUUCCUGGGAGAAAGAGAGCAGAUGCACCUGGAGAUACUGAAAGCCUUUGUGGGCCUGCAUGAAUUCUCAGACCUGAAUCUGGUGCAGGCACUGAGGCAGUUUCUGUGGAGCUUUCGUCUCCCGGGAGAAGCUCAGAAGAUCGACAGGAUGAUGGAGGCGUUCGCAGCUCGCUACUGUGACUGUAACCCAGGGGUCUUCCAGUCCACAGACACAUGCUACAUCCUGUCUUUUGCCAUCAUCAUGCUCAACACGAGCCUCCACAACCCCAACGUGAAAGACAAACCCAGUCUGCAGCGAUUCGUGUCCAUGAACCGAGGGAUCAACAACGGAGACGACCUGCCCGACGAGCUGCUCACGAAACUGUAUGCGAGCAUCCGCAGCGAGCCCUUCAAAAUCCCAGAGGAUGAUGGGAACGACCUCACGCUGACGUUUUUCAACCCUGACAGAGAAGGCUGGCUCCUUAAAAUGGGUGGGCGAGUCAAAACCUGGAAGAGACGCUGGUUCAUUCUGACAGACAGCUGCCUGUACUACUUCGAAUACACCACAGAUAAAGACCCAAUCGGGAUUAUUCCUCUGGAGAAUGUGUGUGUCAGGAGUCUACAGGACACAGCCAAGCCGUACUGUCUGGAGUUAUAUAACCCCAAGGGACAAAAGAUCAAGGCCUGCAAGACGGAGAACAAAGGCAGAGUGGUGCAGGGCAAACACCAGUCCUACAGGCUCAGUGCAGCCAGCGCAGAAGAACGGGACAGCUGGAUCGACGCCAUCAGGGCGAGUGUCACCAAGAACCCUUUUUGUGAUCUGGUGUCUCAACGAAAGAGGAAGGUCAUCAGCAACACGAUGUCGUAGGAGAGAAACACGAGACGUCAGUGGGAACAACAUCGAAAUGAGUUUGGAUCCUGCACGUGUUUUUAUAUACGAGCCAUCCUGUGACUUUGUGUCAGAAACUGUUUGGGAAAACGGACUGAAGUUCACAGAAAUGUACAAACGGAGAAGUAACGGGUGAGAAAAGUGAGCUAUUUUUGGCUUGCAGUCUGAACUCUCGCAUUACUUCUGCAAACUGCAUGCACUACUGCACUGACUUCAGGGGCUGACAAACAUCUGCUGCAGGGGCGGGUCCAGAGGGGGAGCCCCCCCCCCCCCCCCCACCCCCCCACACACACACACCAGAGUCAGGAACUGAUAUGGAAGUUGAUUUGUCAGUACAGUAUAGUAUAGUAUAGUAAUACUGAUACGGGCAGACUCUGGCCAGAAAACUCAAAAGAGAUGCAAAGUGACCACAGGGAGGUGCAAAACAAGGUCAGAGAAACUCAAAACUAUUAGAGACGAUAAACCACUACAAAAAGACCCAAAAGGAAAAAAUGACAACAGACACACACAAAAUAUAUUUAAAGAGACCUCAAACCGAUGCGUUCAGGUUUGUGUCUCGCUCCCAUGUAGGAGGACUGAGGGACAUUUUGGACGUCUCUGUCCAGGGGCCAUUUGUCUCAUAAUCUGUUCAUAGCUGUGAGCUGCUUUUAUUUUUCAUAUUUGAAUUAGUUAUUCACUUAAUAGGACUGAAUAAUCAAGAUAAAUAUUAAUAACGCAUGGUAUUGUUUCCAAGAAUCAAGAGCCUGCAGAGUUCAAGUGUUAAACUCUUGAGAAGAGUCUGUAAGCACUUUGUUAACCCCCAUCUGAGUGGUUUUACUGGUGACUCUUUGGAGAUAAUAUGGUUAAUAUAAAUACAUAUGUGUACAUAUAAAUGAGUUCCACAGGGGAUUAGUGGUGUGCUAACCGGGAGUUUUCCUCUUUUUCAAAUAAAGUGAAAAAAAGCUUUAAAAUUAACUUAUGAAUACUUAGAAAUUGUACAGUAUAUUUUAUUUAGCUCAAAAUGUUUUUAAACUACUGUAUAAUUUUAAUGACUUUAUAUGACAAACUACUUGUAAAAUAAAUUUCUGACCGUG